CUGCUAAGGCGACUAUGCUGAUAGUAAUUGGUCUUUCUCGGAUGCUGAUGUUGCGUGUCGUAUAUGUUGACUCUGUGCCCAAUUCCUGUUUUUCUCGCAUAUCCAAUCCACAAAGUACUUCCUCUCCAGACCGACCAUAGACCUCGAUUCAUCUAUUGGAGAGAGAUAGAGAGAAAUACCACUUGUCAUCGAACUGAAACUACUCGACGCUCGCUUAAUUUCUAUUAUCACUUAUUCUUGCCUGUUAUUAUUCCACCUCGCCUCAAUGGCGGAUCGCAACUUGGAGCCAGGACUCACGAGAAGCCGAAGCGGUCGGAUCACGUACUUUCCAGAUGGAUUGCCAGACAUACCAGAUCGUCAUCCAGCUCGAUCAGAGCGCCAAACGUUUCGUUCAGAACGAACUUUAGUAGCUUUCCAAUACGAGCCGGACAGUGAUGACACUGCCAGUUUGGACGAUGACUGGUCCUCGACAGUGUCGUCGCAAGGCACCAAAUACGUCUCGGUGGGCAACAGCACGACAUCAUUGAGAAAGGAAAGGGCCACGAAGCAGGAAAACUUACAACGUACACUGUCAAAACUUUCACGGGCUUCUCCUUUGCGCUCCGAGGUCGGUGAUACGGACGACACAGCCGCCGUCAAGCUGGAAGCUGGUCCUGAACCCAGCGUCCCUGCGAGAGAUCCCAAUGUCGUUGACUGGUAUGGCCCUGAAGACCCUGAAAAUCCCAUGAACAUGCCUCGCUGGCGUAAAUGGGUGAUCACGUUCACCUUGAGCUUCGUAACCGCUUGCAUCACAUUCGCCAGUAGUGUCUUCAGUACCGCAACGCUGGUUACAGCAGAAAAGUUCCACACCUCACCCGAAGUCAUGACUCUCCCUACUUCUUUAUUCGUCAUAGGGUUCGCCAUUGCCCCGCCUAUAUGGGGUCCCCUAUCAGAGCUGUACGGAAGACGAACUCCGCUCUUCUUAGGCUUUCUCAUCUUCGCCAUAUUCCAGAUCCCAGUCGCGGUCGCCCAGAACCUCCCGACCAUCAUGGUCUGUCGAUUCUUCGGUGGCGUAUUUGGCUCAGCGCCUCUCGCCAUCGUCGGCGGACAACUCGCAGAUUUCUGGGGCACCUUGGACCGCGGUGUAGCCAUUACGCUGUUCGCAGGAGCGACUUUCAUCGGACCUAUCGGUGGCCCUAUCAUCGGCGAGUUCAUCGUCCACAGCGACCUAGGCUGGCGAUGGACUUCAUACAUCACAGCCAUCAUGGGCUUCACGCUAUGGUUCAUCGCCUUUCUUGUCGUCCCUGAGACCUACGCUCCAGUUCUCCUCGCACGACGCGCCGCAAGAAUCCGCUUCGCAACCAAGAACUGGGCUGUCCGCGCUCCGCUCGAUGAGCAGCAGUUCGAUUGGCGCACCGUGGCUCAAAAAUACCUUCUCCGUCCUUUCGCUAUGCUCGUCUUCGAGCCCAUUCUCGUCCUCGUCACCAUUUACAUGAGUCUCAUCUACGGGAUCAUGUACCUCUCCUUCACCGCGUACCCCAUCGCCUUCCAGGAAGUCCGCGGCUGGAAACCCGGAGUUGGCUCUCUGCCCUUCUUGGGAAUCGGCAUCGGUGUCCUCACCGGUGGGUUCAUCAUCGUGUACAUGACUAAGACGCGGUAUGCACGUCUUCUGGAGCGCGAUGGUAAAGUGGUUCCUGAGGAACGGCUGAUUCCUAUGAUGAUUGGAGGGUUCUUGUUCCCGUUGGGCAUGUUUUGGUUUGCUUGGACUAGCAAUCCGAAUAUCACCUGGGUACCGCAAGUUCUCGCGGGUAUCCCCAUCGGCGCGGGUAUCUUUAUGAUAUUUUUGCAGGGCUUCAAUUAUAUCAUUGAUGUGUAUUUGAUGUAUGCGAACUCUGCUAUUGGGGCGAACACGUUCAUUCGAAGCGCGUUUGGGGCUGGCUUUCCGCUCUUUGCUUCGGCUUUAUAUCAUAAUUUAGGUGUGGCUUGGGCAAGUUCCUUACUGGGCUUCCUGUGUGUCGGACUGUUUCCCGUGCCGUUUCUGUUCUACAUCUUCGGAAAGAAAAUCAGGCAAAAGUCUCGCUAUUCUCCGGUGAAAUAA